CCACGCCAACAAAGAAGAGAGACCGGACGUACCAGAGACUAAAAAACUUGAAUGGGAAUUGCACGCUGAAUACGACAUUGUGGAAUUAAUGUCAUUUCUUUCCCAUUUCGCCGCCAUUAUCAAGUGAAAGAUGACAACCAAACGUAAAUCUGGGCCAUCAGUUCCUGCGGAAGAAAGCGACCAGUUGCUUAUUCGUCCGCUCGGAGCUGGCCAAGAGGUGGGAAGGUCCUGCAUUAUCCUGGAGUUCAAGGGGCGAAAAAUCAUGCUGGACUGUGGCAUCCACCCGGGCCUGGAGGGCAUGGACGCGCUGCCAUACAUUGACCUGAUUGAUCCGGCCGAGGUCGACCUGCUGCUCAUAAGCCACUUCCAUCUGGACCACUGCGGAGCUCUUCCAUGGUUCCUGCAGAAGACCAGCUUCAAGGGGCGGACCUUCAUGACUCAUGCCACCAAGGCCAUCUAUCGCUGGCUGCUGUCAGACUACGUCAAAGUCAGUAACAUCUCGGCCGAUGAAAUGCUGUACACCGAGACGGACCUGGAGGAGAGCAUGGACAAGAUCGAGACCAUCAACUUCCACGAGGUCAAGGAAGUGGCCGGCAUCAAAUUCUGGUGCUACCACGCAGGACACGUGCUGGGCGCUGCCAUGUUCAUGAUCGAGAUUGCCGGCGUUAAGUUGUUGUACACAGGGGACUUCUCACGUCAGGAGGACAGACACUUGAUGGCGGCGGAGAUCCCGAGCGUCAAGCCGGACAUCCUAAUCACGGAGUCCACGUAUGGGACGCACAUCCAUGAGAAGCGGGAGGAACGGGAGGCGCGUUUCUGCAACACGGUCCAUGACAUUGUCAACCGAGAGGGUCGUUGUUUGAUUCCCGUCUUUGCGCUGGGACGAGCGCAAGAGCUUUUGCUCAUCCUGGACGAGUACUGGCAGAACCAUCCGGAGCUCCACGACAUUCCCAUCUACUACGCGUCAUCCCUGGCCAGGAAGUGCAUGGCGGUCUACCAGACGUACAUCAACGCCAUGAACGACAAGAUUCGCAAGGCCAUCAAUGUCAACAACCCCUUUGUCUUUAAGCACAUCAGCAACCUGAAGAGCAUGGACCAUUUCGAUGACAUCGGCCCCAGUGUAGUGAUGGCCUCUCCAGGCAUGAUGCAGAGCGGCUUGUCCCGAGAACUGUUCGAGAGCUGGUGCACAGACAAGAGGAAUGGCGUCAUCAUUGCCGGAUACUGUGUUGAGGGGACGCUCGCCAAGCACAUCAUGACGGAGCCGGAAGAGAUCUGCACCAUGUCAGGUCAGAAGCUCCCUCUGAAGAUGUCCGUGGACUACAUCUCCUUCUCGGCGCACACCGACUACCAGCAGACCAGCGAGUUCAUCCGAGCACUCAAACCACCACACGUGAUCCUGGUCCACGGCGAGCAGAACGAGAUGGCCCGACUGAAGGCGGCGCUCAUCGGCGAGUACGAGGACAACGAGCAGGUCCACAUUGAAGUCCACAACCCCAGAAACACAGAAGCUGUCACGCUCAACUUCCGAGGAGAGAAACUGGCCAAGGUGAUGGGCUCGCUGGCAGACAAGGCAUGCACUCAAGGGCAGAGGGUAUCCGGCAUCCUCGUCAAGAGAAACUUCAACUAUCACAUCCUCACGCCCGCCGAUCUCUCAGAGUACACAGAUUUGAACGUGGGCACGGUCACUCAAACGCAGGCCAUCCCAUACACCGGGCCCAUUUCACUGCUGGUCAGCCAACUCCGAUGCCUCACUGGCGACGUGCAGCAGGUGGAGUCUGCCGAGAAGAUCACCAUCCAGAUCUUCAAGAGCAUUACUCUGAUUUAUGAAGCUGGCAUGGUUCUGCUGGAGUGGUUGGCCAACCCUCUGAAUGACAUGUACGCCGACGUGGUGACGACGGUGGUUCUGGAGGUCCAGUCCAACCCCAACGCCCAGAAGAUACUGGAUGCCAGGCCAGAGGUUUUUGACCAGGAAGUCUUUAUUGAAAGACUGGAACUCAUGCUACAUGACAUGUUUGGUGAAGACUGCGUAGAUUUCAAAGAUGGCGAAAAGAUGACCAUCAAUGUGGACGGCGCUGUGGCGCAGGUGGACCCCGAGAGCCGGGAGGUAACGUGCACUGAUGACGAGGCUCUGAAGGACUUGUUGGAGGUGGCCAUCCAUCGGCUGCACGACGCCCUCACCCCAGUCUCCUGAGAGACUGUGACGUUAUCAAGUUUCUUUACCAACAUUUUUUCUUAAAAUAAACGAGGAACAAAAAACAA